AUGGCUCAAGAAGAUAGUGGUUGGGUGUUUGAUUCAUUAGUAGGAUUUCUUCAAGGUCCAGUAUGGUCAGCACCUCUCUUAACAUUUAUCGAAGAAAGAUCUCUCAUUUUUGAAGCAGAUACACAAGACAGUGAAGAAUAUCAUGAAGUUUACCAAGAAUAUAAAAAUUUGGUUGAUUUAUUAUUAGGAUGUUAUAUGGAAGAUAUGAGAAUUACACCAGAGCAAUUUGAACAUGCAUGUACGGUAAAUAAACAAACGAGAAUGCCUAUUAACUUUCAACAGUCUCUUUUUGAACAAAUUUGGGCCGCCAAUGAAUAUGAAAUAUUCAAAAGAAUGAUGAUACAAAAAAAUUUGGAGUUACAAUUACAAGCCCUCAACAUGUUGGAACAAAAAUUUGGACUUACUCCUUCAUCGUUAACUUAUAAUACUGAAGAUCUCCCUGAUGAUGAACUUGCUAUGGAAGAAAUAUUACAAAAAAAAAUUCAAGAACUUGAACAAGAAGAGGAUGACGAUAAUCUUGUUGAGGCAGAAACAGAUCUCGAAAAAGCCCACGAAAUCUUGUACAAUCAGUAUCAAAACGAACGAGCCGUGUUGGAAGAAACGAUAAGAACUUCAGCACAACUAACAGAUCCACCAGUUAAGUCGGUAGAAAAUGUCGAUCAACCAAUCGAGUCAAGUUCAAAGUCUGUAAAAUUGCCACUGCUUAAACCAACGAGAAUAUUAACUCCGCUUGCCCCAAUACCAAAGGAAGAAGAUGAAAAGCCAGACCUUCAAGCUGAAACGAAAAUAAAUGAAAAACAAGAUGAAAGUGAAGAAGAUAUGAAAAAAAGAGAAAAUUAUCUAAAAGCACGAAGAGACAAAUUAGUAGCACUGAAAAAACAAGCUCGUAAUCAAAGAUUGGAGAUGACAAAGGCACGUCCAAGCUCAGCUAGAAAUGUUGCUGAAGCAACGAUGCAAGGUAAACAAGAUUUAGAAAAUUCUCAAGCUACCGAUCCAUCAAUUCUUCAAGUUCGUAAAGCUCUUGCAGCCCGUUUGAGAGCAGAGGUUGUCCACCAAUAA